AUAAUCCGACGGAAAAUUGAGCGCAAGCUGGAGGAUGAUUCAGAAUUGAUACGACGAUACGAAUACCGAGGCGACGAGUUACGCGGGAUACCCACGGCACCUGAGUCUUGUCUUCAAGACCUCAGACCGCAACUGCGGCGAAUCCAUCCGACCGUUCACCACAAUCUCCUCGCACUUGGACCACGAUCCUGCCCCGCCGGAUGAUAAAUAACGAAGUCCCGCCAAUAUGUCUACGGUCGAAGAUCCUUUCGUCUCCCAUGCCAGGGAGGGAAUCGCUUCUCGCGAUUCGCACAAAUACUCCUCCUUUGACACCCAAUUGUUCAGCCUGAAUGCGUCCUCCCCCGCCCAAGCCAAACGGGCGCUCGAGGCCCAUCUGGCGGAAACGGAGCGCCGGCUCGAAGAGGCAGGCAAGCUGGGAACGGCCCUGAUCGAACAGCAGAAACAGCUCGAGGAAAAGCUGCGAGAAGUGGAGCAACAGCAGGAGGAGGGCCAAAUUGGCCCGGACCUACGUCGAAAGCUCGUGGAUCUGGAGAAGGAGUACAACGAGAUUGGCCGCGAAACGGCACGCGCAUUCCUUGCCCCGAAGCGUCUCGCCAGCGGUGAAGAUAGCCACUUCGGAACUCCGCAUGAGCAAAAGUCACCCAUUAGCUCCGCCCUCUUCGCCGGCCAGGCCACCAACUCGCCCAGUAAAGUCAGCGUUCCGUCACGAAAGCAGCGCAAUCAGCCUUCCAACCGGGUCCAUGACAUUGAGUUCGCCACCGAGAUUUCCACCUCCCUCCUCGCACAAGUGCGCCAGUUGCAAGCUCUCCUUGCAGAGCGUGAGGAUGCCCUCAAGAACGUGAAUCUCGAGAAGUCGCGCCUCGAACUCGAGGCGGAGGGCUAUGCUCAACGAAUCCGGGUACUCGACGAAAGCGAAGAGCGCUAUAAAGAUGAGAAUUGGACACUGGAGACUCGAACCCGCGAGCUGAUGACAGCUGCCAAGGAAGCAGCCGACCGAGAAAGCAGACUCAAUAGCAGCCUGGGUGCUUUGGCCACAGAGAAAAGCGCCAUGGAGCGGGAGCUCGAGGAUCUGAGACAGGCCAAUGCGAGGCUGAUCGAAGAUCACACAGCUGCUCAGAAAGCCAACGAUGCCGAGAUUCACGUUCUGCGUCGCCACGUACAUGCUGGAGAUACCGAGAAGCUGGCGCUGCAGCAGAAACUCGAGGAAUUGAACUCCCAGAAUGAGGAGCUCGCCAGGGCAGUGGCCAUGCGCCUCCGUCAGCAAGAACAAGAGCUUUCUCGCGAAGUCCAUCGGGAUCAAGACUCAGACGACCAAGACCAGUCGACACCCGAGAACUCCCCGCCGCCGUCUCCCAACAAGUUCACCCCGCGACACAACCACCUCGAAACGGAGACCUUGAAGAGUUCGCUCGGUCAUGCCCACCGCAUGAUCCAGAAUCUCAAGAGCACCAUCCAUCGUGAAAAGACCGAGAAAAUUGACCUGAAGCGCAUGCUGCAGGAGGCCCGCGAUGAACUGGAGACGAAGCGCCGUGAAUCCACUGCGCCAACCGGUCCGCUCAGCAAACGCCAGAAGACCAAACCUGACCCUGCACGCAAGGCCGCACGGCCCGAUCUGCUGGGUGCGGGUCGGAAAAGAGCGGAGAUUGAAAUCCAUGAAUCGGACUGGGAAGACAAUGCCACCGACGCCAGUCCCUCUCAUAAAGCCGCUCUCAAGGCCUCCCGGGCCCGUUUGGGAGGACAGUCAUCUGAAGAGCCGAGCGACGCAUACCAGACCGCUACCGAAGCCGACGACAACUUUGAGACAGCCACCGAACGAGGAACGGCCACGGAAAGCGAAGCUUUCCAGACUGGCCUAGAAAGUAUGGCUGAUGACAGCACGGAUAGCGGCGAGCUCACGGAGACAGAUGACCGGCUCCAGAGGACGCCACGCGGGCGCGUGUCCUCUUUCACGAUGGCCAAGACCCGCGACAGAAAGGCUUACGAGAGUACUGCAUCCAACUCAAGUGACGAGGACGUGAUCGAUGAGGAAGGCUUCCCAUCGCCUAGCCAAAUUAGUCCUAGGUACAAGGUAAGGAACAAGAGGAGUAUCGUGAGAAGGAUCCGUCCGUCUGGCGAGGCUCCCAUGGCUUCCAAUAGCAGGCCCUCCACCGCUCGCGACUCUCCAGCCACAAGCUUCAUGCAAAGCUCAGCAAGCCCAGAGGGACAGAGUCUCUUCAUGGAGCUUGCUGAGUUGGAUGGUGACGAUGACCAAGAGGGUGACUUUGGACCUCCGAUGCGCUUCGACACGGCAUCCCAGGCCUCGACUCCGCGCAUUCUCGCCGCUUACGAUUCCAGACGGCCAUCAGAAGCUGUUCUUGACACUGUUUCAAGACCUCUAAUGGUUGAUUCCGGUAUGAUGACGGACCCAUGGGAGCCCGCCGUGCCUGCUGCAGUCACUGCAGUCCCUGCUAUCGAGGAAACGGUUAACAACGUACAAUUAUCUUCCUCGAAUCCAGCCACAUCUGAUGCUGGCACUGCGACGGAGCAAGAGCAAGCGCCUGAACUGGUGCACGCUUCAACGCAGUGGAUCGUCCCUGGAUCCGAGGCAGUCAUCGCCGAGACCCAGAGAGAAUUAGAGCAGCCAUCCGCUCAGUUGCAGUUGGAAGUCUCCUCUGUUUCUUCUGAGGAGACCAUUCCAUCUCCACCAAGACGCCCUCAUCUGGAUACUGCAUAUGCUGUCGGAGUGACGACAGAACCCUCUGCCUCCGUCAUCCCUCAUCCGCCAAAGGUGGCGUUGUCUUUGAUCUCCUCCGCUUCUACUGAGCCAAUCGUUGCGAGUGUCCCUGAACCCGAACUUGCGUAUGUUCCCAACGUGGCGAUGUCAACAGUUUCAUCUCAACAUACCCUGCCCGUUGUGGCAGCCCUCCCUGAACCUGCGCCGGUGGUCGUCGUUGCUGAACAUGGCACCAACACUGAGAUUGUGGAGCUCACUGUCUCGUCAGUCUACUCUCUGGACACCGAGCCUGUCGCGGCCAUUCCCAAACCUACUCCGGUGGUCGAGCCUGUGUUCAUUGAGAAGCGCGUCGAAGUCCAACGGGAGCUUCCACCGCUGACUCUAUCAUCCAUAGUCGCCCAGCAGACGGAGCCUGUCCUGGCAGUCGUUGAGCGGAGCGUAGACCCAGAGCCUGAGAACAUUGUGGAGGGAGCCCAGGAAGUCGAGCUUCCAGAACUGGGUGUAUCGUCGAUUUUCUCGCAAGAAACCGAGCCUAUUUUGGCUGUUCUGCACGCAUCGGCUGAGCCGGAAUUGGCAGUUCUGGGUGAGCGAGAGGUUGCCGAGCCCAAGCUUCCAGAUUUGAAUCUUUCUGUCAUCGCGUCGGAAAGCACGGAACCAGCUACACCACAGUUGGACGAGGCACCAGUGGUUCAAGCUCCUGAAAUCUCACUGUCUGGAGUGCGCGCGGUGGAAACGAUCCCUGUCAAACAUGUCCCGACGGCUGUUGUUGUGCCCCCGGUUCAGCUGACCGAUGAAAAUGCGCCACCGGAGCACAGCAUCCAAAUGGUCAAGGGUCUCCCUGCUUCCGAACUACCAUUGCUUCUUGUCAAUGAUGAUAGUCCAAGCAAAUAUGCGGCCAGUGGUACAAACGGAACGCCAGACUCCACUCUGCCUUUGAGCACCAUUUCUGGCAAUGCUGUCCCACGCCACACACGACAGCAAUCAUCGAGUCGGGUGGAACGGACUGACCAGGGUGCCCAAACAAUCCUCUCGUCGAAGCAAAUUGACCAGAUUCUCAUGGAUCGUGUCACCACCCGGCCACUAUCUCCUCCGGACAGUGACAAGGCCAAGGAGCAGAACACCUCACCGUUUGCCACACCCCGAGCACGCACUCGUCCCACUCAUCAGUCCUCUCAAUCCUCUCUCCCAUCCCAUCAGCUCAGGCCAGGCAGUUCGCUGAGCCAUACCUCAAGCAUCCAGAGCCACCCGCCUUUGCCCACCGACCACAAGGAGGCUAUCAUGGCGGCUGAGAAGCGAUCAUUGGACCAACGGCCAUCUUCUCCAAACUUGAUGGGUCCGCCCCUUGCCCCAGCUUCCGCUCACCGAACCAAUGUAAGCCAGCGCCCACGGACUCCCAACGAGUCGGGUCUCCAAGUCAACUCGAUGUCUACUACGACCUCCCGCGUCAAACUCAGAAGCGAGAGUCACAGUCACAUCUCACGGAGGUCGUCGGUUUCAUCCUUUGCUUCUGAGAUCGAUGAGCGGUUUGCUGCGCAGUCCAUCGGCCCUCAGGGUUAUGCCGCUGGUACGGACCCGAGGAUGAUCCAGGCUAUCACACAAACGAUGAUUGGCGAAUUCCUUUGGAAGUACACUCGCAAGACUGUCACUGGGGAGGUCUCCAGCACUCGACACCGACGCUACUUCUGGGUUCACCCCUAUACACGUACGCUGUAUUGGAGCGCGCAAGAUCCUCAGACCGCUGGCACACGUGAACUGAAGACCAAGAGUGUUCCCAUUGAGGCUGUCAGGGUCGUCCCUGAUGACAAUCCUUAUCCUCCUGGCCUCCACUGCCGCAGUCUGGAGGUGGUUAGCCCAGGCCGCCGGGUUCGGUUCACAGCAACCACCAGCCAGCGGCACGAGACGUGGUUCAAUGCACUUUCGUACCUCCUGCUGCGCAACUCGGCAGAGAAUGGCGAGGAGCAUCCGAGUAACGCUUCUCUGGAAGACAUCGAUGAGUUCAAUCCCGAGUUCCGCUCACGCUCCCGCCAGACCUCGAGACUCUCCUUCUCCUCUUCGCGCAGUCGGAAUGCACGGAACUGGCCCAAGGAGCGGGCCGGCUCCACCAUCUCAUCGCGCCGCACAUUGACGCCGGGUCGAGGCUCCCCUUCGCUUGCCUCCCCCUCGUCCUUUACCGAGCAGAGGAACGGGUCUAGCUCCCGCCUCAGCACGAUCCUGAACACGACGAUCAAGGGGUCGUUUGGCCGCAAGGGUCCUCGUUAUGCCAGCUCGAGUGUCCAUGAGGGAAGCAUUCACACCCGUGACAGCCAAGAUGACUUUCGGCACACGAUGGAGAGGCAAGAAAGCCAGGGUGACCGGCUCGAGAACGUGCGAGCUUGUUGUGAUGGCAAACAUGAUGUCAGUGCCUUGUCUAGGACAAGCAAAUAUAGCCCGCGGGUGAACCGGAUUCAUUCCCAUCAUUGAACCUCCACCACUUGGAGUUGAGUUGCGUCGCGCGUCUAUUGGCCGGGCUAAUCAUCGCCCCGAA